UUAGAUUACUGUUUCAAAGCGUGCCUGCUUUCCUAGGUGUGGUGUGGUUUCUUGUAGGGAAUAUUUAAUUUUUCUAAUUUUUACACUCGUACGACUUGAAAUCUAACUUGCUCGAAAUUCAAAUAUUGUCAGUGUCGCUAUCUAAAUCGGUUACUAUUUUUAUUUCUGUGAACUAAUAAAUUUCAUAACGAAUUUGUCGGUCUACGGAUACUAAAAAAUAUAAGCACAUUUGCUAUUCCCCAUUAAAUUUCAAGGUGACAAUUCGUUUCUAAAUUCGCAUUUCGUGGGUAUUUCACGAUAGAGCGUAUAUAUAAAUUUAAACAUGUGCGGGCGAGUUUAAAAUAUUUUUCUUAAAAAAUUUUUUUAUUUAAAUUCAUUGGCAAUAAAAGUUGUGUUCGUUCAGUAUUCUCAUCCUUUAAAGGCUGUGGUGACUUGUCGCGAAUAAAUAUUUUUAAAUAUGGAAGAGCUCAGUUUUAUACCGGAUAUCCCUAGCGGGCCUCUAGAUGCGUAUAGAAAUAGUGCUACAUUCAAUUGGAAACAAUUGAAACUGUCGUUAGAAGGAGAUAUAGACCUCUUAAAACUAAAGUACAAAAUAUGGCAGACCCUAGAAAAGGAUCCGCUCUUUGCCCACAAUACGGUAUCCCCUUCCCUCGAAGAGCAGAAACGCAUCACCCAACUUCAAUUGAAGAGGAUUAAUGAAUACAAAUUCCUCACCAAUGAGAUGUUCAAGUCAAGUUACAGUAAAAGGACGCGAGCUCUUAUGACGAUAAACGAGGCAGUGCAGUCCCUGAACCCAAGUCUCUCCGUCAAAAUGGCCAUCGGCAUCUACUUGUUCUCAAAUGCUCUGCUGUCACUGGGUACAGAACGUCACCUGAAGUUUUAUGAAGCCACCAUCCUUAACAGAGAGAUAUUAGCGAGUUUCGCAUUGACGGAGGUGGCGCACGGGUCGGACGCGCGGCUGAUGCGGACGACGGCGACGUACGAGCCCGCCCGCCGCGAGUUCGUCAUACACACGCCCGACUUUGAAGCCGCCAAAUGCUGGGUUGGUAAUCUAGGUAGAACAUGCACCCAUACGCUGCUGUUCGCGCAGCUGAUCACGCCAGACGGCACAAACCAUGGGUUACACGGCUUCGUAGUGCCCAUACGGAACCCCGACACCUUGGAGACGUAUCCAGGACUCAUAGUUGGUGACAUGGGAGAGAAGAUCGGCGUCAAUGGGAUCGAUAAUGGGUUCAUAAUGUUCAAUCAGUACCGGAUACCGCGUGACAAUCUUCUGAACAGAACAGCGGACGUGACAGAGGACGGUGUCUACGAGAGCUCCUUCUCUGAACCGUCCAGGAUAUUGGGCGCUGCGCUGGAGAAUCUAUCUGCGGGUCGGAUCGGCAUAAUGCAAGAGAGCUGCCACACGAUAUCCAGCGCGGUGGCGAUAGCGGUGCGGUACGCGGCGACACGAAGCCAGUUCGGGGAGCGCGACCGCGAGAUACCACUGAUCGAGUACGAGCUGCAUCAAUGGCGCUUGUUCGGGUACGUGGCCACGGCGGUCGUGUUCCGUAUAUACAUCGAGAGCUUCACCAGGGUCUACCUGAACAUCGUGGAGAAGUCCAACGCGGGCCUCAAAGUUGAUAACUUGAGUGAGGCGGUUUCAGAGAUCCACGCGAUGGUGUCCAGCUCGAAGCCGCUGCUCACGUGGACCGUGCUGGAGGCGGCGCAGCAGUGCCGGGAGGCCUGCGGGGGCCACGGCUACCUCAAGUGUGCAAACCUAGGCGACCUUCGUAGCCACCACGAGGCAACAGUGACGUACGAGGGGGACAACAGCGUGCUGUCUCAGCAGGCGGGCAACUGGUUGCUUCGACAGUACACGGCUGCCCGGCAAGGCAACGCCGUCGACUCGCCGCUAGGGACUGUCGGCUUUCUGGCGGACGGACACCGUUGGCUGGCAGACACGUUCCGGUGUACCACCACCGAUCAGCUGAAGACUCCCCAAUUCAUAACAUCCACAUACAAGUGGCUUCUAUGCUGGCUUCUAAAGGAGACCCAGGAAAAAUAUGAAUCGGAAAUGUCCAAAGGCCUAUCAAAGUUCCAAGCGAAAACUAAGUCACAAGUGUACAGGUGGAAGACACUAACGAGGGUGUACGCCGAGUACUUAGUAAUUAUAUUCAGUUUAGAAUCCAUAGAGAAAAAAGAGCGGGAACUGCAGCCCGUUUUGUACAAGCUGUUCACCCUGUAUGGCCUAUGGUCGUUGGAUAAACACUUGGUGGAGUUGUACCAGGGCGGUUUUGGGUCUGGAGAGGCGUUGGCUCGCCUCCUGCGGUCGGCUGUCCUGGAGUUAUGUGGAGACCUGAAGGGCGAAGUGGUAACGGUGGUCGAUGCUUUGGCCCCCACUGACUUCGUAUUGAAUUCCGUUUUAGGAAAGAGCGAUGGGAAUCUGUACCAAAACAUGCAGAAAGCAUUUUUCAACAACCCCGGUGUGUUUGAGCGGGCGCCGUGGUGGCGGGAAGUGGUACCAUCGUCGAAACUGUAGUCCAGUCGUAUAUCUGGAGGCCUGUGCAGUGGCUCGGCUCGUCGCUACGCGCAACUGAUCCAGGUUUGAAUCCCAGUCGAGCCAAUUUAGGAAAUAGUAUUCUAAACUGGCUCUUCUGUGUUCUGGGUUGUGCCGCCAUAUUUGUUCGGUUGCCCACAGACAGGGUAUCUCCUAGUAUGAGUCGGGAUGUUUGUGUAUUUGGCUCGGCACAAUAAAUUGGUGCCAUUAAUGGGUACUAUGACUAAGGUAACUUGCAUUCAGCUAUCGUCUUUUUAAUUACUUUUUUUUUACUUUACUGGAAUUAAACUGGACCUUUAAUAUAUUUUUUCUCAAACAUGCUUGGUAAUGUAAGCAUUAUUUUGACAAUCUUCGAGAUAAAUAAAAAAUUGCCGUACUGGCCAAGGUACAUGCGGGCAGCGGCCGGCAAAAGUUGUAUGAAAAUCCAUAUCUGUCGUGUUUUGCGGCUAGAUAAAUUAUUAUGUAAACUCAUAUCUGUACUGUAAUUUAAAAAUGGAAUGACCUUUUACUUCGAAACAUGGCUACCAAGGAGGUAACUAAUACAAGGUUUUAUUUAAAUUUCGAACUGGCUUGAAAAUAGAAAGCUGUUUAUUGAAAAAAAAAACAAAGGAACAUUAUGGCGCGUGAAAAAUUAUAAUUGUUCGUUAUUCGUCAUUGAAUUUAAAAAGUAAAAUUGUGUUUUUGAUUUUAUUUGAGAAAAGUACUAUACAAGCCUUGGCCACAACUAGGCAUUGAUGGACUCGCGUAUGUGUGCCUCGGCUUCGCUUCGGCCCACAUUUGUACGUUCGUCCAUCAAUGCCUCAGUUGCUGGUCGCUGCAGUAAUGUACUAUAACUUUACAGAUACAAUAUUUUAUGUUAAUAUUAAUUAUUAAGAGUAGUAUUUAGUGAAAUUAAAUAUAAAAAGUGAAUAAUGUAUCCCAUUUAAAUAUAAAUAUAAUUUUAAUAAAGGUGUUCCAAACCUAAUACAAUUUAUUUUUUAAUACAUACUUUAGCAUCUUUUAUUCAAAAAUUAAUUUAUACAUGUGAGUUGGCCUUAGUCAUGUUCCACAGAGAGCUGUAUUAAAAUGUAUGUAACGUUGUUACCUUAAUAGAAGUAUUAAUUAAUUUUUAAUUAUAUAUUAUUAAUUUGAGUACUGCCAAAUGUGCUGGAAACGUUUAGAAGCAUUUAUUGAUAUGUUAUAAAAAAUGUAGUCCUCUAUUUUUAGUACAAGUUCCAUUAGUCUUCACUCUGAAGUCUAGUUUUUAGUAUUUAUAAAUGUUUUAUGAAUAAUUAUUGUAUUAAUAAAUAAAAUAGUUUUAAAGAAAUGUGAAAAUUUCUCUAUUUUAAAAUAAUUGCUAUGUUAUAUUUCCCAGCACUUCAAAGAAUUAUCAAUUAAAAAUUAUUUUAAAAACCAAUUAAUAAAUUGACUUUGUAUAAGUAUUAAUAUUAGAAUAUCGUUGACGCUAAUCAGACUUACUAAUACGUUAUUAUACGUACCUAUAAUAUCAAAUUAAAUUCAGUAUAUUAAUUGACAAGAAGUCGUAUUUGAUAUACACAUAUGUAUGUAUACAUUAUAAGAAUUGUUAACAUUUGUUUAAAAACUUAAUUCAAUCAAUAUUUAUGUAUUUUAAAUUUUAUAUGCCUAACUAUAGCUAAAUAUGUGGAUUUAUACCUAUUUUAUUAUCUAUCAUAUAUAUUUUAUAUCAUGUUUCUUGCAAAUAAAUAUUAAUUCAUUAAUUCAAUAAAUUAUAUUUUUAUUUUUAUAUUAUUAGUCGAGUCGCUUCUGAUGUAGCGUUUUUUAGGUGUUCAGUAACCUUAAAA